AUGUUUGUCUUCAAGCGCGAUGGACGCAAGGAACGCGUGCAGUUCGACAAGAUCACAGCCCGCGUGUCGAGGUUGUGUUACGGGCUCGACCCUGACCAUGUCGACCCUGCUGCCAUCACAAUGAAGGUCAUCUCCGGUGUCUACCACGGAGUAACGACCAUCCAGCUGGACGACCUGGCGGCCGAGACAGCGGCAUACAUGACCACCACACACCCCGACUAUGCCAUCCUCGCGGCGCGUAUCGCCGUGUCCAACCUUCACAAGCAGACCAAGAAGCAGUUUUCCGCUGUCGUCUCAGAUCUGUACACCUAUGUCAACCCCAAGAACGGCAAGAGCCAGCCCAUGAUCUCAGACUACAUCUACAAGAUCAUCCAAGACCACGCUGAGGAGCUCAACUCGGCCAUUGUCUACGACCGCGACUUCAACUACCAGUUCUUUGGCUUCAAGACGCUAGAGCGCUCAUACCUCCUCCGCAUCAACGGCAAGGUUGCCGAGCGCCCACAACACAUGCUGAUGCGUGUUGCCGUUGGCAUCCACGGCGAAGACAUUGAGAAAGCAAUUGAGACAUACGACUACAUGUCGCAAAAGUACUUCACACAUGCCUCGCCCACGCUGUUCAACGCGGGAACUCCCAACCCUCAGAUGUCAUCCUGCUUCCUCAUCGACAUGAAGGAGGACAGCAUCGACGGUAUCUACGACACACUGAAGACGUGUGCGCUGAUCUCCAAGACCGCUGGCGGCAUCGGACUCAACGUGCACCGUAUCCGUGCCACCGGCUCGUACAUUGGCGGCACCAACGGAACAUCUAACGGUCUCAUCCCCAUGCUUCGUGUCUACAACAACACCGCUCGCUAUGUCGACCAGGGUGGCAACAAGCGCCCUGGUGCUUUCGCCAUCUACCUUGAGCCAUGGCAUGCGGAUGUGUUCGGCUUCCUUGACCUUCGCAAGAACCACGGUAAGGAAGAGGUGCGAGCCCGUGAUCUCUUCUACGCCCUCUGGAUCCCCGAUCUCUUCAUGAAGCGAGUGCAAGAGAACGGCGAGUGGACACUCAUGUGUCCCAACGAGUGCCCUGGUCUUGCCGAUGUCUACGGUGAUGAGUUCGAGGAGCUUUACACCCGCUACGAGCGCGAGAACAAGGGUCGUGAGACUGUUCGUGCUCAGAAGCUCUGGUACGCCAUUCUUGAGGCACAGACGGAGACUGGCAACCCCUUCAUGCUGUACAAGGACGCUUGCAACAGGAAGUCCAACCAGAAGAAUCUCGGUACCAUCCGCAGCUCCAACCUCUGCACUGAGAUUGUCGAGUUUACUGCUCCCGAUGAGGUCGCCGUGUGCAACUUGGCUUCCCUCGCCCUUCCGUCUUUUGUAGACUACAAGCGCGGCGAAUUCGACUUCCACAAGCUUCACGAGGUGACCAUGGUCGUCACUCGUAACCUCAACAAGAUCAUCGAGGUUAACCACUACCCUGUGGAGGAGGCACGCCGCAGCAAUUUCCGCCACAGGCCCAUCGGCCUUGGUGUUCAGGGUCUUGCUGAUGCUUUCCUCGCACUUCGUCUGCCUUUCGAGUCGCCUGAAGCCAAGAAGCUCAACACCCAAAUCUUCGAGACAAUCUACCACGCUGCUCUCACCUCAUCCUGCGAUAUUGCCAAGGAGCUUGGUCCAUAUGCCACAUACGAGGGUUCACCUGUGUCCAAGGGUCAGCUUCAGUAUGAUCUCUGGGGUGUAACUCCUUCCGACCUUUGGGACUGGGCUUCAUUGAAGGACAAGAUCGCUCAGCAUGGUGUGCGCAACUCUCUCCUGGUUGCGCCCAUGCCCACUGCCUCGACUUCGCAGAUUCUUGGAAACAACGAGUGCUUCGAGCCAUACACGUCGAACAUCUACUCUCGUCGUGUGCUGGCUGGUGAGUUCCAGGUCGUCAAUCCUUGGCUCCUCAAGGACCUCGUCGAUAUGGGCCUCUGGUCUGAGAACAUGAAGAACCGCAUCAUUGCAGAUGGUGGUUCCAUUCAGAGGAUCCCCAACAUCCCUGAAGAGACCAAGACCCUUUACAAGACGGUCUGGGAAAUCUCGCAGCGUACCAUCAUCCAGAUGGCUGCUGACCGCGGUGCCUUCAUCGACCAGUCUCAGUCAUUGAACAUCCACAUGAAGGAGCCCACCAUGGGUAAAAUCACGUCCAUGCAUUUCGCCGGCUGGAAGCUCGGUCUGAAGACUGGCAUGUACUACCUCCGUACCAUGGCCGCUUCUGCUCCUAUCCAGUUCACCGUCGACCAAGAGGCCCUUCAGGUCACUGAUACCAACGUUGCCCGCGCCCUUCCCAAGACGCGCAAGCAGCCUGGUUUCCAGAACGGAACUACUUCGCCCAGUCCUUCUCCAGCACCACGUCCUAUGUAUGCCACCAAGGCGCCCAAUGCUGCUGCCGACACCAACGGCGUGCCCACACCUAUUGCCACACCGCCUCCUGCUGCCGAGAGAAAGGCUGCGCCUGUGGAGAAUGCACUUGCCAGCAAGCCCUUCACCGCUGAUAUCGAGGAGGGUGAUAGCCCAAAGGUCAUCGCUUCGGAUCCUGCCAGCAAGCCCGAUGAAGAGGCCCUGUCCAAGGACAAGCAGGACGAGGAUGCCGACGAAGACACGAAGGGACGCGAUGGCGACAUUUAUGCCGACGCUGUCCUGGCCUGCUCGAUAGAGAACCCAGAGUCUUGUGUCAUGUGCAGUGGUUAG